AUGCAAGCUGUUGUUGAUAAUUUCUGGAUAUUGUGGCCUGGAUCUCAACAAGAUUCUUUCAUCUUCAACAAUUGUGGACUGAAGGAUGUUUUGGAGUCUGCUCAUUUAGGAUAUCUCCUUGGAGACAGUGGCUAUCCACUGAGGAGUUACCUUAUGACACCAAUCUUAAAUUCUUCAUCGUUUGCUGAAGUAAACUUCAAUAAUCGUCAUAGUUCUGGCCGUUCUGUUGUAGAAAAGGCUUUUAGGUUUCUCAAAUCCAGAUUCAGGUGUUUACACAAGUCUGGUGGAUGUCUGAUGUUGAAACCAAGCAAGUGCUGCAAAGUUGCAGAAGCUUCUGUGAGGCUUCACAACUUCUGUAUUGAUAGACAGAUACCACUGAAUGAAGAUUUGGCGGAAAGUGACACCAGUGAUGACAUUUCUGUAUGCCAGCUGCCACCAUCAAGGUCUGGCUCGGAGAAAAGGUCAUGGCUUGUCCGAUUACUUCAAUGAAAUAAUUUAUUUGGAUCUGCUAUAAAUGUGUAUUUUCCACAUCAUUUUUGGUAUUUACCAAAAU